CCGCUGUACCAGUAUAAAAACACGAAUCUUAAAGCACUCUCUUCCACCAAAUGAGAACCCCUCCUUCCGAGUUCGACCUCUGCUCACACCCUUCUCCCCUGCCCUCCCCUCCCGCCGCCGCCGCCGAGGAAGACACCGGCCAUAGCAAGCAAGCGCGAGUGAGGCAGCCGUAGCCACAGAUGGCGAACAAGCGGCAGCGAGAGGCGCGGAAGCGCUUCCGGGAGGCGAACCCGGACCUCUUCCCUCCGCAGCCGGCCCCUUCCGCCGACGGCUCCAAGAAGAAGAUCAAGAAGAACAAGAAGAGCAUGUUCAAGAAGGCCAACAAGGGAGGCACCAGAAGGUCGAAGCACCCGCUGCGGGUUCCCGGGAUGCGGCCCGGGGAGUGCUGCUUCAUCUGCAAGUCCACUGAGCACGUCGCCAAGGCCUGCCCCGAGAAGGUCCUCUGGGACAAGAACAAGAUUUGCUUGCUCUGCAGGGAGCGGGGCCAUAGUCUGAAGAACUGUCCUGAGAAAAACGAGGGGAAUUUAAAGAAAUUUUGCUAUAACUGUGGUGAAUCUGGACAUUCUCUUUCCAAAUGCCCCAAGCCAAUUGAAAACGGGGGUACAAAGUUUGCAAGCUGCUUUGUCUGCAAACAGCAAGGGCAUUUGAGCAAGGAUUGUCCUGAAAACAAGCAUGGCAUUUAUCCAAAGGGUGGUUGUUGUAAGAUAUGUGGUGAAGUUACGCACUUGGCCAAGCAUUGUCCGAGUAAAGGGAAACAGGAUUUGAUGUCCUCCAGAGACGAUGAUGUCAACAUGGAAGAACACUAUCAGGAAGGCCCUGUUGUUCACCAUGGUGGAGAUGACCUUGAAGACGAUUUCAUUCAAGAAGAAGAACCGAAACCUGCCAAAUCAAAAAAAGCGAACUCGGCGUCGGGGAUGGCCGUGAACGACGAGUGCAAGCUCAAGUUCCAGGACCUCAAGUCCAAGCGGAGCUUCCGGUUCAUCACGUUCAAGAUCGACGAGCACACCCAGCAGGUGGUGGUGGACAGGCUGGGGAAGCCGGGCGACACCUACGACGACUUCACCGCCUCCAUGCCCGACAGCGAGUGCCGCUACGCCGUCUUUGACUUCGACUUCACCACCGACGAGAACUGCCAGAAGAGCAAGAUCUUCUUCAUCUCCUGGUCCCCAGACACGUCGAGGGUGAGGAGCAAGAUGCUGUACGCGAGCUCCAAGGACCGGUUCAAGCGGGAGCUGGACGGCAUCCAGUUGGAGCUGCAGGCCACCGACCCCAGCGAGAUGAGCAUGGACAUCGUCAAGGCGCGAGCCCUCUGAGGAGAAGCCACGCCGCCGCUCGCAUGUCCCGGGCGGACACCGACCGGUGGCCUGGGCAUGCCUGCCUGCAUGUACCCGUGUGCCGUUCACGCACCGCGCCGCCGGUGGUGCCAGUGUUUCUCCGUUACUCCGUGUAAACUACUCUGCUAGAUCGUUUUCCUUCUCUGUCCAAAGAUUUAGACGGCAUGUUGAGAUAAUCCUUCCUGUUGCUGCUGCCGAGGGUACAUGUAUGUCUACAGCUGCUAUGUGGGUCAGACU